AUGGUGGUCAUUCACAUCGUGCUGUUUCAAUUCCAGUCUGGCCUGGCUACGGAGGUGGUCGAUCAGGCCUGCAAGAGCGUUCUCGCCCUCAAGCACCGAUGCAUCCACCCGCACACGGGGAAUCCGUACAUUGUCUCCUUCCGCGGAGGCAAAGACCAUUCCCCGGAGAACAAGCAGCAUGGGAUUUCCCAUGGGUUCGUCGCCGAGUUUGAGUCGCUGGCGGACCGCGACUAUUAUGUGUCACAGGAUCCUGUUCAUUUGGGACUUGGAAAAGAGCUCGAUCCUCUGGUUGAGAAGGUCCUGGUGGUGGACUUGACGGGAGAUGUGGUGUAG